AACCCUAAUACCAAAAGCCCUGCCCACCACCCCCGCCCCCCCCCCCUCUCUCUGUGUCUCUUCCCCGAGUGAGAGAGGAUUUAAUUGACCACUACCAGUCCGCCACCACCAUUUCCUACAGUAGCUACAUGGGGAGCUACAGAAACGGCGGCCGUGGCGCGGACCAAAGCGGCACCAGCAAUGGCGACGCUGGCGGCGCCCCGGUGGACAAAGGCGUCGACUUCGCCAACUACUUCUGCACCUACGCCUUCCUCUACCACCAGAAGGAGAUGCUCUCCGAUCGAGUCCGCAUGGACGCUUACUACAACGCCGUUUUCAAGAACAAGCACCACUUCCAUGGCAAGGCUGUGUUGGAUGUGGGCGGGAGUGGCAUUCUCGCAAUUUGGUCAGCGCAAGCUGGGGCGAGGAAGGUUUAUGCCGUUGAAGCAACUUCCAUGGCCGAACAUGCACGUGCAGUUGUAAAAGCAAAUAACCUUCAGGACGUGGUUGAGGUGAUCGAGGGCUCCAUGGAGGAUGUUGUCCUGCCAGAGAAAGUGGACGUGAUCAUUUCUGAGUGGAUGGGGUAUUUCCUGCUGCGUGAAUCGAUGUUUGAUUCAGUAAUAUGUGCACGUGACCGAUGGUUAAAGCCAACCGGAGUCAUGUAUCCUAGCCAUGCUACCAUGUGGGUGGCACCUAUUAGGACUGGAUUGGGAGAUCAAAAAAGUAAUGAUUAUUAUUCAUCUAUGGACGAAUGGGAACGUUUCACAGAUGAGACAAAAAAUUAUUAUGGUGUUGAUAUGAGUGUUCUCACAAAGCCUUUCUCGCAAGAGCAGAAGAAAUACUAUCUUCAGACAUCAUUGUGGAACAACCUUCAUCCACAUCAAGUUAUAGGGACAGCUGCUUCAAUAAAGGAGAUUGAUUGUUUAACUGCCUCAGUCAGUGACAUCCUCGAAGUCAAUUCGAACUUUUCAUCAACCGUAACUCUUCAGAAUACAAGGCUCUGUGGGUACGGGGGAUGGUUUGAUGUUCAAUUUCGAGGAAGAAAGGAGGAUCCAGCUCAGGAAGAAGUCGAGUUGACUACUGCUCCUAGUGUGGACGAUGGUACUCACUGGGGCCAACAGGUUUUCCUGUUGAACCCUCCUGCUCGCAUCACUGAAGGGGAUAAACUAAAUGGUUCUUUCUCAAUGAAACGAUCAAAGGAGAAUCAUAGAUUAAUGGAGGUUGAGUUCAGCUGUGAGAUUCGACAGCAGACUGGCGAGUUAGUUCCGCAUUUCACAAAUAGAUAUUUCAUAGAGUGACCGGAGACACGGAUCCUGUAAGACUGGAUAGUAAGAUGUGAUCAGUCCUACAAAUCAUAUUUGCAAGUUUUGUGGGAGUUUUGCAGCGGGCUUUGCAGCUGUUUCGCUGUACUCGAAUAUUUGUUAUGUCCUAAUCUUGUGAUAUUUUGAAGCCAAGUUAUGUCAAUUUCAUCAGAAUUGGGUCCUUAUGGUCA